GGAGGGGCCGGACCUCCAGCUCCAGCCCGGGGGGAACAGAACGGCCGGCCGAGAGGGGAGAGGCGCGCCUGACAGCCGAACGAGACGGUGGGAGAGAGGGAAGGACGGAGAGAAGAAGGGAAGGAGGGAGAGAAGGAAGGAGGAAAUGCUGCCCAGCAGUCCCCAUGCCUUGCUGUGCCUUGUGGCCCUUGCUACUCUAUCCGCCUGGAUACAGCCAGGGGCCAAUGCCCAGCGAGGGGAUGACACAACUCCAGAGAUGUUCACAGAUGACCCUAACCUAGCAGUGGAUGACCCCCCGACGGAUGACACAGCCCUGGCCGAUAUCCAGCCUGUAACAGACGAUUCAGCCGCCUCGGACAAGAACACCACUGCAGAAUGUCGGGAGGAGCAGUUCCCCUGCACCCGCCUCUACUCGGUCCACCGGCCGGUCAAACAGUGCAUCCAGCAGCUCUGCAUCACCAGCCUGCGCCGCAUGUAUAUCAUCAACAACGAGGUUUGUUCCCGCGUCGUCUGCAAGGAGGAUGAGGUCAUGAAAGAUGAGCUUUGCCGCCAUUUGGCUGGUCUGUCCCCACGCCGUCUUCGCCGUUCCAACUUCUUCCGCCGGCCCCACUGCCGGGACGAGAACCUCCAGGGACCUCGUGGCCUCUGAAGAGAAGGAGGAGAAGGAGGAGGAAUAAGAAAAAGGGGAGGAGAAGGAAGGAAAACAUCACCAACCUCUAAGAAACCCAAUCUGCUCCACCCUUCCUUCUCCUGCCCUCUAACCUGCCCUGCCCUGCCCUCUCCUGCCCCUCCCCUCCAGCCCCCCAA